AAAAAAUAGACAAGGUGUUGGAUAACGAAGCUAUAUCUAGGAAGCAAGCUAAGUAGCUAUAUAUAUAUAUAUAUAUAUAGUGUCAAUAACACUGCAUUACCCUUCCAUGGAUUAAGCAGAAAUUCCCCUGGAAAAUUACAGGAUGAAGUAACCUGCAUUUGCAUUUUUUUUCUAAUGGUGCAUGCCUGGAAACUGAUCCUCUGUUGGUUUUCCCGAAGGUGGGUGUCUUUUGUUUGGAAAUAGAAAUAUAGAGAAGAAGAAAUGGCUCUCACUCAAGACGUAGAGAACCGUGAUGGGAACUUGUUGGAGCCAUUUGUUGCGCAACAGACGGGGACUCAACAAGAACAUGAGAGCGAGAAGAAUCUUGGUGGUCUAGGGAUGGUUCUUCUCAGCACCGGCAUUGCAGUUAUUGGGUCUUUCGUGUUUGGGUGUGCUGUGGGAUACUCGGCGCCAACCCAAUUCGGUAUCAUGGAUGAUCUUAGCCUGUCGUAUUCUGAGUACUCAGUUUUUGGGUCCAUCUUGAAUAUUGGUGCUAUGAUCGGUGCAAUCACAAGUGGCCGAAUUACUGAUUUCUUUGGCCGGAAAGGGGCUAUGAGGAUCUCAUCCAUUAUCUGUAUAGCAGGAUGGAUUGGAAUCUACUUAUCCCAAGGAUCACUAUUACUAGAUUUGGGAAGAUUUUUAACAGGAUAUGGCAUUGGUAUUCUUUCUUAUGUGGUGCCUGUAUUUAUCGCUGAAAUUACUCCUAAAAAUCUUAGAGGAGCACUAGCAACUUCAAAUCAGGUCUUUAUUGUUUUUGGAAUAUUGUUGGUCUAUUUAAUAGGUGCAUUUGUAAAAUGGAGGAUACUUGCCUUAACAGUAACUCUCCCAUGCCUGGUUAUGCUUGCUGGUCUUUGCAUCAUUCCAGAGUCCCCUAGAUGGCUGGCAAUGGUUGGUCGCCAGCGCGAGUUUGAAGCCUCACUGCGAAAACUUAGGGGACCUAAGGUUGACAUUUCUCAGGAAAAGACAGACAUUCAAGAUUCCUUAGCCCUUAUUCGACAACUCCCAAGAGUAACCUUACUAGACUUGGUUCAUAAAAGAAACAUUCAUUUUGUCAUUGUUGGAGUUGGACUGAUGGCAUUUCAGCAAUUUGGUGGAGUUAAUGGAAUUAUAUUCUACGCUGACCAAAUUUUUGCAUCAGCAGGUGUCCCCCCAAGUGCCGGAAGUAUCCUCUACUCUGGUCUACAGGUCCUUCUCACUGCAUUUGUAGCAACCUUAAUUGAUAGAGCAGGAAGAAGGCCUCUUUUAAUGGUUUCUGCAGUUGGGUUGCUUCUGGGCAACAUACUAAUUGGAACUUCAUUCUUUUUCAAGGCACAUCAUUUGGCUCUUGAUUUAGUUCCAAUCAUCGCAAUCACUGGUGUCAUGCUUUUUAUAGCCUCUUUCUCAAUAGGAAUGGGAGCAAUUCCUUGGGUUCUAAUGUCUGAGCUAUUCCCCUUACAUCUGAAGGGAAUUGCAGGGAGCCUGGUGACAUUGGUAAACUGGUUUGGUGCUUGGUUUAUAUCCUUCACAUUCAAUUUUCUAAUGGAAUGGAGUUCAUAUGGUACCUUUUACUUGUAUGCUUGUGUUUGCACCUUCUCUAUCAUUUUCAUUGUGAAAAUGGUGCCUGAAACGAAAGGCCGAACACUGGAAGAGAUUCAAGCUUCUGUAAAUUAGUUCAAUUCAACAAUCAGAUUCUUGCACCAGAAUAUAUAUUUGCAAUUUAAGUGAUGUAAAGCUGUUUUAUUAAAAAGAUUAAUUAAUUUAUCUAUGAUGCCAAUGAUGCAAGUAAGCACCAUAAAACAUCAAAGUAGAAAGAAAGAAAAUACCAUGGAUCAAUGCUGUGUAUUGUUUUUCCUUUUUCUUAUUCCUUUUUAAGUUGUACUAGACCAUUAGUAGAAAGAAAUCCAAUGGAUUUGACAAAGUUUAAAUUUCCUAAUAAAAUUUUAUUAUUAUAUUA